AUGGACUUGGGCCCUCUGUCAGCCGAGUACCCAACUCGCACCAUAGAGGAAGAGGAAGAAGAAGCUGCGGAAGGGCGUGCCCACCGAUGUCUAGAGCCGGCAAUUGUGCUGCUCUCCUCAGCAAUCCAACCCAAGAAGAAGAAAGAACCAGUGGAUGUGAAGCUUCUGGUCGUAGGCUGCACCCCACUGUCCUGUGCACUGCUGUCCCAGUGGACUAAGGAAGACCAGAUCGUUGGAUCUGUUGUUCUUCCAGAAGUUGUAAUGACUGGGAAUGCCAUCGCACCUUGCCUUGCCGACAAGACAGCAUUCAUCUACCAGCUGGAUGCAGAUGUGCUGGUAGUUGCUUGCCAGCAUGAGGUGGCGGAGGAGCGGGCAGUGGCAUGGACCGAUUCAGUUCUGUCCCAUAUCAAGCCACACAGCGUUCUGGUUGCUGGUGCACUGCAGGGAAGGAACUACAGGGGCGAUGGGGAUCCAUCUGAAAGACCCCUAUUCUUUGGAGUCCAGAAUUCGUCAUUAUGCAGUGGUGGUGGACUGGACAUUCCGCCUCCACUGCCACCAGGCAAUGUCCAAGGUGGCCUUGCUGCAGCGCUCUUGACGCACUGUGAGUUGCACAGAAUCCCUGCAAGCCUGAUCAUCCAAAUUGAGGGAGGGGGGAAUGCGGUGACUAAGGAAUCCAUGAAGAGCCUUGCUGAGUUUGUGCAGGAGUCAGCAAGGAGUCUUGGUUCCCCCUUAGAUACCAUCUGCAGCGCUGCGGCCCUUGCCCAGGAAUCUUCCAGAAGUUCUGGUGUCACUGGGUAUGCGUACACGUGA